AUGGGCGACCACACCGGCUCUUCGAGUUCGUCCAAGCGACACAGUUCGAGCAAAGAUGACUCUCGCUCUUCAUCUUACCGUCACCACUCCCACCAUUCGUCGCAUCGUAGCAGCCACAACAGCAAGAGGGACGAGACCGAUCCUGACCUCGACGUCGUCAGUUCGGAACGUCAUUCCAAGCGACAUCGCGCGUCAGGGACCACUUCAUCAUCCCAACACCGACAUUCGGGUCCCUCUUCGUCGACCAAGCGCACCAAGGGGACCAGUACAGGGACAGAACGAGCGCACGAACAGCCCGACGAGGAGGACGAAUGGGUCGAAGCGCCUUCGUCGAAUCACGCCGCAGGGGCUGCAUCAUCAUUAUUGACGAUCCAUGCACCUUCAGCCAAAGGACCUCCCAUCGAUACCGUAUCCGAGUUUCAGAUCGGGCACAUUGGAUCCGUCACAGAGGGACUACGCUCGUCGAUCGGCCAACAGCAGGACAUGACGGACGGCUACGGCGAGGGAGACGUCGGGGGAAGUAACAAUGGAGGAGGCAGGUUCGGCGAUUUGAUGAGCAAGAACUCGGGCGGGAUGGGGAUGGACCUGUUUGGGAUGAUGGGCACAGAGAGGAAGCGCAAGGACCGGGCCAAGGAGAGGGUCGACCCCUCGGUCAGUGGGGAUCGAGACCGGCGUCGGCAGGAUCAAACUGAGCCUAGUUGUUUCUCCACGCAGAUGAUGAUGGGUCAGUCAUCCCGAGAACUCAACAAGGCGCAUUGGCAAGGAAUACCCGACCCUCCUUCGGCCGUGCCGACGCUGCAGUCGACGGGUGGGGGUGCCACUUCCCAGUCUCCCGCUCCGGGCUCAUCAGGCUCGGCAUGGCGCAUGUCCAAGCUCAAGCGCACGUUCGAAGUCGCCCAAGAAGAGGGCAAAGACGUUGAAGAGAUCGCCCUCGAUCGCUAUGGCAACCUCGACGCCUUCCGUGAUGCGAUCGAGGAACGCAGGAUUCUCGACGAGCGAGAGGAUCGAAGGCGAGGCAGGAGGUCGAAUUACGGAGCUGGGGGGUCUGGACCCUCGACUCCGACCGCCGAGCCGUCUUCUUCCCACGCCAACAGGCGCUUCAUCUAUACCGACUCGGGAUCAGAGUCGAUUGGGGCAUCCCGGCCUGGUUCGAGGAACUCGUUCAGGCGACCCGGGGAACCCACGGCUGUCUCUUCCGUGGCGUCGAGCAAGGAAGGCUCCCGACCCUCGACGCCAGUGCCCAGUGUGCUCGCACCCAGACCCAUGCUCCCCAAAACCGCACGAACGUCUUCGCAACUUUCGCAAAGCAUCGUACUCGUCCCCGACCCGACCACGACCACGAUCGACCCUUCGCCCGUGCUCAGCCAGACCGAGCUCAACAAGCUACAAGCGCGCGUUAUCAAAGCGCGCCUGAUGGAUGCGGACGAUGCGACCGAAUUGGAGAUCGAGUACGAGAGGGAGAGCAUUCGAGCACGCGAGGCACAAGGUCCGAUGGGUCAUGGCGAACAGGUUGGUGACAAGGUGGAGAUGGUGCCGACGCUCGACGCGCAGGGGAACCUGUACGAUAUUGGAAGGGGCGAUCGACCCGAAUUGGAGAGGAAGGCGAAUGGACGCAAGCAGAAGGAAAAGGUGAGACGUCGGUCAGGGCUAGUUAUAUGCCACAGAUACUGAAGCAGCCCGAGUCGUGAUGUCUUCACAGGGAUUUCAAUCGCACGAUCCCAAGACGGGCGAGGUGCUGCGCCAAUCCGCCGAGGACGACGUUUCCUUGGCCGAGCUGGUGCGACAGGAGCGUUUCAGCGGUGGCGCGGCCGAUCAGAAACGCCUCGACAACGAGUUUGCUUCCCGUAUCGCGACCGACCGACCGUUCACAAAUGAUCUCGAUUACAUGGAUGAGCAUGCUGAUAGUCUGGCGAGGAAGAAGAUGAAGAGCGACACGAUCAAGAAGGCGUUUGCGAUUCAGGACUAUGCCAAGACCAAAAAGGCGCUCGACAGGUGAGCCCGAGCGCUUCAAGUUGAGGCUCCAAAUGAUUUUUUGCUGAUGGCUCCGUCUGUUUGCUGCAGCUGCACUAUGUGCUUCGCCGACUCGGGUGGACCACCUCGAUCGGCCGUCGUCGCUCUGGGGACACGAGCCUACCUCGGCUUGCUCGACAACGAGGAACUCGUCCCGGGCCAUUGCCGAAUCGUACCCAUCCAACAUCACUUUACCUCGCUCGAUGCGGACGAAGAGACGUGGGACGAGAUCAAAGUGAGUUCAUCCACUUCCUGCAUAGUGUUGACGCUCCAGCGCUGAACGCCGACUGCUCUUGCUCCCUCUGCCAGAAUUUCAUGAAGACCUUGAUGCAGUGUUUUGCGGCGUCGGAUCGAGGCGUCGUCUUUUUCGAGACGAUCAUCUCACUCAAACACCAAAAGCACUGCGCCAUCGAAGCUUUGCCCGUCCCGUUCGACUUGUUCGAUCAACUACCAGUUUAUUUCAGGGUUCGUCACCGAAGGCACUUACUUCUCUGGCCAUGCUUUUUUUUUUUUUCUCAUUCAGCUCCUAACGAGCUCUUCCCUCUCUGGCCCUUCGGCCUACAGGAAGCCAUCUUCAGCUCCGAAUCCGAAUGGUCCCAAAACCAAAAACUCGUCACCUUCAACCCUUCCCGCCCCUUUCGUCGAGCUCUGGUGCCCAACCUGCCUUACUUUAUGGUCCAAUUCGAUUACAAGGGUGAGAAAGGGUAUGGGCAUGUGAUUGAGGGGGUUGAUGAUGCGACGGAGAGGGAUAAGGAUGGGGACGAAUUGAGGGAUUAUACGGGAGGCGAGAAGGGGGACGAGUUCAAGAGGUCAGUUUGAAGCGAGUUUUUUUUUUUUUUUCGAGAGCGUGUCGAAAGCUCAUUCCUGCUCGUGCCUUUUUUUUAACAGAUACUUUGCCCAUGAGAUUAUUGGCAACUUGCUUGGACUCGAAGCUCGACGAUGGAGGAAACCGCGUCGCGUUGAUACGAGGAAGAAUGACGAACGAGUCAGAGCGUUCAGGAAGGGUUAUGAAGUGUACGAUUGGACCAAGAUGUUGGCUCAGACGAGUGAAGGUGGUCGUGCAGCUGGGGGUUCGAAAGGGGCUGAGGAGGGGGUGGCGAGGGAAUGA